AUGGCCAUUGCAAAGAUCGACGAGCAUCUGGUCUUGCGAAGCGAAAGCACAAAGAGGCGCCGUGACGAGCUCAUCGACCAUGCUGCAGUGUGUUGGCUUGAGGGCAAUAGCCACGACACGGAGCCGCAUCAUCUCGGCGACGCCCUCCGCCGUCAGCUGCGCCUGCGCCAUGGUGAGUUCAAGGUGGUCAAGCACUUCCCCGAGCAGUACUUCGUCACCUUCUCCGACCCUGCGAUCCGGCAGCGCCUGGUCGGUCAGGAGAUCCUCUCCGACAAUGGACGUGACUUCCACUUCGCCGCCUGGAGCGAACGCCGCUACGCCAACAACGUCAACUGGGAGUACCGUGUCAAGGUACGCAUUGAAGGCAUCCCAGUGCACUGCUGGGCAGAGGAUGUAGCUGCAAAGGCACUCGGCAAGAGCUGCGCCGUGCACUAUGUGGAGGAGACGACUCGGCACCGCGAGCGCACUAGGUCCUUUGACCUUUGGGCCUGGUGCAGCGACCCCAGCGACAUCCCCACCGAGGUCUGGCUCACGGUGACCGAGCCGGACAGGGAGCCACCACAUCAUGAUGAGCCGGUCGACCUCAAGCGCGGCCAUGUCUACGUCCUGCGCAACCACCUCGAGAUUGUGGAUGAUCUCUCCUUCCUGCAAGGCCGGGGCAGAGUUGGCGGCCCCCCGAACCGCAAGCCACGUAGGGAGUUCAUCUGGAGCUACGGCGCCCCGGACACCGAGGGAGAACGCCUCCAUGGCAGGCGGGGAAACAACCGCGGCCGAGAACUUAGGCGACACCCAAGGCGGGAUGAUGAUGACUAUGAGGACAGGCGCAACCACGGCAUGCGUCGUCACCGCAGCCUGUCUGGCUGGGCAAGGAGCGCACGCUGCAGGACCGGAGCUGAGGACUGCAUCAGCUCCAACAGAUGGGGAGUGCGCAGGGACUCCCCACCUAGAAGGAGCAGGGCGAACCAAGAAGGCCACCAGAGGCCCAACCUUGUCUGGAAGGUGAAGGGGCACGAUGAGGAGAAGAGAAAGAAGAAGGUGACUUUUGCAGAGCCGAUUGCAACUGAACUCAAGGCCACCCUCCCUGAUGACAGCAUCAUACUCAUGAAGGACCAGUGCUCUGUCCUAGUGGAGGCCAAGAAACAGGAGAUGCAAAUGGUCGAUGGCAACCCACUCAACAUGGACUUCACCCCAACUGACACCAAGCCAACUGCAGGCAAGAAUGCAGAGGACCAGGUGGUGGAGCAGCACGACACCCUCAAGAAUAUGAUGGCGGGACUCAUGCUGGAUCAGCUGCAGAACCUGCUGCACUUCGGCAACCCCAUCGAGAAGUCCAAGAUGGAGGCUAUCCAGGUCCUCAUUGAGCAGGGCGCCAAGAUGCAGAACAAGGACGACAUGGCCGUGGCUUCUAGCCUGGUGGCUUAGGUGCCAGUCAAUAGUGGUUCCAAUGAUCAAUGUUAGCCCCUUCAGGGAGUAGGGGUUGGGCUGGUAGCCCAUUGUAUCCUAGUCAAGUUGCUAGUAGUCUAGCCCUGCAUGGCUUUAGGAGCGCGAUGAUGCGCAUGUGGAUUUUCGAACUCCUAAUUGUCUUUCGGAUGCACGCCUGCUGGCCUUGUAGCCUUCGGCGAAUGAACUGUAUGCACCUAUGUUGCACUUUGGGGGAAUUUUGGCCUGCUGGCUGUGUUGCCUUCGGUCACCCCUGGUUAUCUGCCUGGACUUCGGCAGCUGAUUUGUUGUAUGCUAUCUGGACCAU